UUUAUCAGAAGUAGAAGAAGGUCACAUGGCCCGGUAGUAUGGCUGCCUGGUGAAAACUGUGCAGGCUACAAUCGGAUAAAAACAAUGCAAUUCAUAUUGUGUGCGAUGAAGUAAUUUUACAGCAAGGAGUUCGUCGAUAUUUUUAUCCGUUUUUUCCGAUAAUGAAGCUGCGUGUCCAGCUGCAGUGCAAGAAUCUGCAUGAAUACCUGAGAGAGCUGAGUCCUGACAUUUUGGACAGACUGUACAACCAUCCAGCAACAUGUCUGGCUGUCUACAGGGAACUCCCAUCUCUUGCCAAGAAUUAUGUGAUGCGUAUGCUGUUCCUGGACCAGCCUCUCCCACUGGCUGCAGUGGCAUUGUGGGUGAAAAAAGACAGUCAGAAGGAUCAUGAUGAAUGUGUCUCGGUGUUGGCAGGACUCCGCCUUUGGCACAGUCAGCAGCUGCAGGGUGGUCUGCAGGGAUACAUUUUAAAUCCAGUGUUCAAAGACAACCUGAGGAUAGCACUGCUCGGCGGGGGCAGAGCGUGGGCGGAUGAGGGCAGCUCUCUGGGCCCUGACCGCCAUGCGAGGGACAUCGAGAGUCUGGACCGCUACGCCAUGGAACGCUGGGAGGUCAUCCUGCACUUCAUGGUGGGCUCUCCCAGUGCUGCUGUCAGUCAGGACCUGGCUCAGCUGCUGGUUCAAGCAGGCCUCAUGAGAAGUGAGUCAGGGGAGGCACCCUACAUCACCUCAGCUGGGUUCCAGUUCCUGUUGCUGGACACAGCCUCUCAGCUGUGGUACUUCACCUUGCAGUACCUCAAAACUGCUCAGUCCAGAGGGAUGGACCUGGUGGAGAUCUUAUCAUUCUUAUUCCAACUCAGUUUCUCCACUCUGGGCAGAGAUUACUCAGUGGAGGGUAUGAGUGAGUCAUUACUCACCUUCCUGCAGCACCUCCGGGAGUUUGGACUGGUCUUCCAGAGGAAGAGGAAAUCAAGGCGGUACUACCCCACCAGACUGGCCAUCACUCUGGCUGCGGGAGUCACUACCAGCUCAUCUUCCUCCUCCUCCUCUUCUAACAUGGGCUCUACUCCUGGUACUGGAGAUGCAGGUUUCAUUGUGGUAGAAACCAAUUAUCGUAUCUACGCCUACACAAACUCAGAACUUCAGAUCGCUCUGGUGGCUCUCUUCAGUGAAAUGUUGUAUCGCUUCCCAAAUGUAGUGGUGGCUCAGGUCACAAGAGAGUCAGUGCAACAGGCCAUCGCCAAUGGUAUCACUGCACAACAGAUUAUCCACUUUCUUAGAACCAGAGCACACCCUGUCAUGCUCAAACAGAUCCCGGUGCUGCCUCCAACCAUAACAGAUCAGAUCAGACUGUGGGAGCUGGAGAGAGAUCGACUGCAGUUUACAGAGGGAGUGCUCUAUAACCAGUUCCUCUCUCAGGCUGACUUUGAGGUGCUACGAGACAGAGCUCAGGGUCUGGGCUGCCUGGUGUGGCAGGAUGUGGCUCACAGGGUGAUGGUGGUGACACCACAGGGACACAGCGAGGUCAAGAGGUUCUGGAAACGACAGAAAUCUCACACAUAACCGGAGGAAGAGGAAACACGAGUGAUGAUAUCACACCUGAUGAAGACAGCACUUCCUGCUGUACAGUUGUUCAUUGCUGUCAGUGCUGACAGAGAAAGUGGAGAGGACUUCAUUAUUUUGUAUUUUUCAUAAAAGGUUGACUUCCAUGUAUUUUGGAUUAAAUGGUGAUAUGA